GGGCCCGGGGCUGAGGGAGCGGCGGGGCCGGGCCGGGACCCCCCGAGGGACCCCCCGGGCCGGGACCCCCCCCGGGCCAUGGCGGGGAGCGGCGGGGCCGGGGCGGCCCCCCGGGAGCACCGCCUGCAGCCCGGGGACACCCUGGCGGGGCUGGCGCUGCGCUACGGGGUCACGAUGGAGCAGAUCCAACGCGCCAACCGCCUCUACACGUCCGACACCAUCUUCCUGAAGCCCACCCUGCUCAUCCCGGGGGGGUCCCAGGCCCAGCCCCUCCUGGGGGACGAGCCCCGGGACGUUCCCGACCCUCCGGAGCCGCCGCCGUCCCGGCACGACCUGUCGGCCGUGGAGUUCCUGCGGCGCCUGGACCGAGAGAUCGGCCGAUCCAAGGAGGCUGCGGCGCUGCAGAACCGGCAACGGCACACCCCGGGAGAUCCGGGCCCCAGCGAUUCCGGAGCAUCCCAGAGGAUCCCAGAGGGUCCCUCGUCCCCCCGGGAAGGGCCCCGGCUGGGCCCACGACCCCUCACCAGGACCCCCCGGGCGGCCGCGCUGAGGGACACAGAGGAUGAGAUCUGCACCCUGUGA